AUGCGCUUUGCUGUCCUCCUCGCUUCGGCUCUCGCCUUGGCUGCCUCUCAAGUCAACGCCUUGACCAUCAACAUCAACUCUGCCAGCUGCACAGCCAUCAACUGGAGCAUCCGCCUCGGUAAGUUGGGGCAAAGCGUCGAGCGUGGUUACAAUGACCACUCCACUGACAUCCCAUGCACGGCCCCCGCUCUUGACGACUUGCAGACUCGCGGGAAGAAUACGUGCAAGCUUCCACCCUGCGCUUCUACGCCGCUUCGAGCGACUCGGACUUCGACUCUCUGCACUCCGACUUUACCGUCAGCGCCAAUGGAGAUGUCAAGUCGUACGGUGUUUGGUACACCUUUACGACCUACGUCGAUGAUAGCGAUCGCCCAAGCGGCACUUCAUGGCAGAUUGGAGCUGGAUUGAUCGACUACCAAAACAACUUUCUUCCUGCCGCUGACGGCACCAGGCUCAUCGUGUACGGCACCCGCACCGUUACUGGCUGCGACGCGACGCCGACUCCCCGUCCCACAACGAUUUCCAGCUCGUCCGCAUUGACACCCACCUCCAGAUCGACCAGCACCGAUACGUCGUAUCCUACCGACCUAGUAAGUAGCGAUACAGCCUGGCAUUGCUCAUUGUAUGAUCUUCUGGCUGAUCCGUCAUCCUGUCAACCUGUGCAGCCAGUCGAGCAAGAGACGCACGGCGUUCCGAUCGGAGCAGUCGCUGGUGGCAUCGUCGGUGCUGUCCUGCUGCUGCUCGGCGCGGUGAUCUGGCUGAUCGUGCGUUGUCGCAAGCUGAAGCAAGAAGCCCAAGCGAGCGGUGCAAAUGUCGGAGGAGGAGGAGGCAACACAGCAGGCGGCGCGUUCGUGCCGGCGGCCAUGAGCGGAGCGCAAGCAGUUGGCACGCCCGAUUUGGAAAAGAUGGAGAGCGCAUCGGGCCAUUCUGCUCAUGUGCCCACUUUGGCCUCCAACGGAGGUUGGGCCACCGACAACCGUCGUCCGCCAUCGCAGUACACCGCAAGCACGGCUGGCAGAACGAACAACAACAACAAUAACAACAAUAGCGCAUUCUUCACUUCGCCACCCACCAGUCCUCUCAUGGCAGCGCACAAUCGUCCCAUGUCUCAGCAAAGCCUCGCUGCGCGCCCCAUGA